CUGACAUCGCUUAUUCAGGAACCGACAGUGUCUUAUUUCAUUAUCGUCAUCUGUAAACCAUUGAUUUUGUCAUUUCGACCCUUGUUUUAACCCCCUUUUCAGUGGCAUGUUUUCGACUGAGCGACAGCAUCAGAUCCUCUUACCAGGUUUGCUCAUGAGACGUUACCUGAUUUCUAUCUUUCUACUUAGCAAUUUGCCUCUCAGCUUCGUAGGCGAGACGUGCCUUUAAUCUUAUUGUUUUCAUACUUUUUUUCAUUCAUUUCUUUUUUUAUUCUUCAAUUCUGCAGUGAUCAAUCAUUAUGAAGAUCCAAAUAUUUACCGCUCCCGCUCUAUGCUUGAGCGGUCUUACUCUUUUGACAAGAGCAGAUUCACUAAGGUUUUUCUCUUUGAAAAAAGGUCCAAACCCAUUAUCAUUCGGCAUUGGACCUGAAGAAAUUGAUUUGCCAUCUUUACUUUAUGCACAAAACACUCAACGUAGCGAGGUUUUUUCCGACGCCAUUAAGCUUCUUGACUCCAUGAAGUCAUCACCUUCUUGUAAUAGGCUGGCUGCAACUAAUUUGAUUUUGUCCUGUCAAUCUAUUGGCGGAGACGAUGAUACCGACAAGAACAACUCGUCCAACUCUCUUGAUAACCUGAAGGCUUUGUUUGCUGCUAGGCUGGCUGUUUGUGAGCUUAUAGGCGCUGGGGCUGCGAUCCCCGAACAAUGUUCUCCUAUUCUUAUAUCUCAUUCGACCUAUGGGCACCCGGGUGCGCAGGAUCAAGUUCAGCCCUCCCGGCUAGAGCCAUGCCUCAGGUCUCUAGAAUCUCGGCCCCAAUGGUGGACGAGCUAUAGUAACAGCAGACAAAAUGCAGCUGUCAUGUGCCAGGCAGCAAGAACGGAGAUUGAACGAGAACAUGAUCUCAAGCGGUAUAAGAAGUUGAUAGAUAUCACCUCCAUUUUAAACGACUCUCUUAACCAGACACUUACAACAGCAGCUAUGGAAGCCUCUCGGCAGAAAGGGUUUUUAGAAAUCGUGGAUGAAAUGCGAAAUCAACUCUUGCAAGACCUGGAAAAUGGAUUUUUACGAUAUCACGAUAUAAAAUCGAAAGUAUUUGAUGACGCCGAGGGAGUACAAAUCGUGAUGUCUGCUGCGAAAACAGAUGCUGCAAAUGUGAAGAAGCGUAUCGAAUUGUUCGAACAGGCCUUCCAGCAGUUUGAAACUACCGCUGUCGCACUCCAGCAAGUUCAGUUGCAGCAAAUUAGCGACCAAAAGUCCUUUCAACAAGACCUAAAAAUUUCUCAGGCGCUUUUGAACGACGUCACUGCGUCAACUGCAAAUCUUCAAAUUUCCAUCGAGAACUCCUAUGCUAUUUUCCGCCGACUUACUACUUUUGGUGGAGCUCUCACCUCGGUCAUAUGGUGGAUCUCGUCAACGGCAAUCGUGGCCCUCCUCUUGCUUUAUCCCAAACUGUCUGGUGCUCUGCUACUUCUCCUGGCGUGUGUUUUUGUAACAUACCACAUAGGGGUUUCGGGCUGGCUUCAUAUUGUGAGAGCAUCUUCGAUUUCCAUGACCUCAGAACCAGCAAAUGUCGUCUACAUCGUUUGCUUCAGUCUUGCAACCAUCUCCGGCAUUUGUUCAUUACUUUACUUUGUCGCACAAAAUAUUUUGCUCCUCACCCGACGAUAUAAGGUUCGAACCACAAAUGCAGACUAUCUCACAACAUCGGAUCUAGCCUGAAUUUCACGCCUAUAUCUCCAGAUUUGAUAGUGGACCUUUCCUGUUAAUGCUUCAGACAUUGGAAUUGGCUGGCUCAGAUUUCCUCUCAGUCUUUCGUACUUUUUUCUCCUUUGUUUAAAAUCCACUCUUCCUUCCUCGCCUAUUCUUCCGCUCGUCUUUAGACGCGUAUAUUAUUUCCCCCGCAACCUCUGUUUUUUUUCCGAUUUGACGAUAUUAUUCCUCGUACGUUAUAGCACCGGCAACCACACUCCAAACGUUAUGAUAAUAUGUUACUGGCCGCGGAAUUGACCCUUGACAGCUUGUGGCAUUUUUAUCUUGCUUCAUCGAUUACCUCUUUACUGUUUCUGCUUGCUUCACUUCCAUGACUCCAACGUAUCUUCAUUGCAUUGCGAUAUUUCUAGCGCAUAUGUUUAUCAGUAAUCAUUUCCUGUGGUUUGUGAUUUAUCACUAUUAUUUUUCC